GGCACCCCCUUCUGUCCCAUUAUGAAUCUGCGGGGAAGUGUUGCCAACCGGACACUCCGGCGCAUUCACCAGCAAUCACCAACGAUGAGCUGUGGAAAUGAGCCUCGGAAACAAGAGAAGUGCACCACCCUCACUGGAAUCUAAAGUCGCAGCGAAAAGUGCAUCAUGUUGGAAUAUAAACUCUAACGGAGAUGUAUGUCAUUCGUCUGGGAGAAGUAAAACACGACUUCAUUAUUUGGUCUUGUUCCUGUUUUCUCAGAAUAUCUAAGUGCUUCAGGAGAUAUCCCCCCUCCAAGAGAAACUGGAUCAUCGCCGGUGCCUGUUUUAUAUAUUUGUUUUACGUCGUUUCUCAAGUGGUAUACGUUCUGCCCACGGACAGGCUAUCGGGCAAGUACAAGUACAGAGGGGCCAGAGGAAUAUUUGCAUCCAGGUUUGAUGAUACCUUACAGGAAACCACGGGCUCUCGGGUCGCUCCAAACGCAAACGUGUCUUAUAGUACAACACCCAAAUACAACGUGGUUUACAUUACCCUCAAAUCCAAGCGCCGAAAACCGGCAAUCAUCAGAGGCACAAUACGACCAAAAUUAAGGAAGAAAACUGUUAGUAAAAACAGGCGAAGUCAGUCAAGUUUUAUAAAUGAAGUUGACAUUGGGACAGAAGCAGAAGAAAAACCAAGACACACAUACCAAAGUGCUUUGUCUCGUAAAUCAAGCAGAUAUGUUUAUAAUGCACUUAAAAACAUUAAUCCGAACAACAGUGACACGGAGUCCCAUUAUAGUGCUAUAAGAAUAUAUAGCGAAAGGGCUCCGCCGUGGUUUAGCAAAGGCGACAUUGAAGCGCUACGCUUUCUUGCUGAUAGCAAAAUUUCUGGAAUCAAAGAGGUAUCGUUCACUGGUCGUCGGAAUGUAUUUCUUUUUGAAAGUAUGACAGACGCCUCAGCUAACUCUCCAAGUAAAUAUAAUCAAAUGGACGAUAAUGCCGUGUGCCAGGGGCGCUGUGCUCUCAUCAAAAGACCGCUGGACACGAGUGAAGUGUUCGCCUUUCAUUUGGAUAGGAUCCUGGGACUCAACAGAAGUAUUCCAGCUGCUUGUAGGAGGUUCACUUUCUUUGAAGAUGAUCAACCCAGCCCAGUGGUUCUCUGGGACCCCACACUCGCUCCAGCGGAUAACGAGGCCCAGUCCUCCAUUCGAGUAACCUGGGGCUCGUACCAGCACUCUCUGAAAGACAAGUGCUGGCACAGAGGCGCUGUGCCCACGGCAGAGUCAGGGUGCUCUAGUAUACAUCAUUAUGAAUGGAGCAGACUGGCACUCUUUGACUUCCUGCUACAGGUGUACAAUCGGCUGGACAGGAACUGCUGCGGGUUCAAACCCCGUAAGGAGGACACCUGCGUGAAGCUGGGUCGUCACCAGCAGUGUUCUGACCCGGACAGUAUCGAGCUAGUGCACAUCAUCCACAGAAAACACGACCCAAGGCGCUUGGUUCUAAUCGACAACAAAGGCUAUUUCGACCGGGAUGAAGACAAUCUGAAUUUUAAACUACUUGAAGGAAUAAAGGAGCUUCCGGAACAUGCCGUGAGCGUCCUGAGGAGCCAUCGUCUAAGGGAGAAACUCCUGCAGUCUCUGUUUCUGGAUGAGGUGUACUGGGAGAGCCAGGGCGGGAGGCUGGGCAUCGAAAAGCUUAUUGACGUGAUCGAGAAACGGGCCAAGGUUCUGCUGACGUACAUCAACGCCCACGGGAUCAAGAUUGUACCUAUGAGUAUGUGACGGGCAAGCAAGUGCACGACAGAACUCUGCAAGUGUGUCCCUGCCUCUUCUGUCCAUUUUAUACCAGGAAAUAAAUCAAAUGCACUGGAUUUCAUGACACUUGUUUAGCUCUGUGCAUUGCCAAGUGAUGAACUGGGAGUCAUCAAAAUUUCACUCUAAUACAUUACUUAAUUUCAAAUUGUUUUUGAAGUAUUAACAAGGAAGUACAUUUGAAUUGAAGGUGUAUGUUAACAACUAUAUAUCAACAUAAAAUGUUAUAUACCAGAAUAUCAGACAGUUUGUCUAUCUACUUGAAAAGUCAAUGUGCAAUAUAUUUAAUUAAAAUAUGUUUCUAUUGGCUAUUAGACAGUUGGUAAAUUAAUUGUGCAGAGAGAAAUGUGUAUCAUUGGAUGUGUUUCAUGAAACAAAGCUUCAUGAAACACAUAUUAAAAAUGUUAUGUUGUCUUUUUGGACAGCUGAAGUAUUUCUUUGCAUAUUAACUGUCUGUCAUAUUCAAAUUACUAUUUUUACAAUAUGUAAGUUAAUUUGUUGAAUAUAUACUCUUGUGAUAAAUGAAUUGCAAAUAAAAACAUUGCAGUAGACAAAAACCGUA